AUGGCCCGUGGCACACGACGUACUGCAGAGGUCUCCCCAGCAUGCCGAAACACUCUAAGCAAGACUCCAUCUUCGAGCCUGGGCGCGAACUCGGACGAAAAACAAGCCAAACGAUCACGCGUCUGGCACCCCAAGACUCGCACUGGAUGCAAUUCUUGUAAAAAGCGCAGAGUGAAGUGCAGCGAAGAACGACCUGUUUGUCGCAAGUGCAACAUCGGCAAUCGCCAAUGCUACUACGCGACUCCUGUCGCGGUCCUCUUCGAACCGUCAGGGCCAUUGUUGCCGCCAGCCGAGCACAACGAGAAGCGCGCCUUCCAGUUCUUUCGAGAGAAGAGCACAAGCGUUUUCCUGGGCUAUGGCGAGCACACCAGAAUGUCAAGCCUAUCCACGAUCAAUCGAUAUCUGUGGACAGUGAUCUAUCCUCAAUGUGCAGCCACGGAGGACUCCAUUCGGCAUAUGAUCAUCGCCGUCUCUUCCAAACACGAGCAACGACUACAACAGAGCACCGGCGUGGACGACACAGCUUUUCUCGAGUUGCUAGAAGCCAAGCACUAUAGCGCAGCACUUUCGACAUUCAGUCACCAGCCGAUGGACAGCCCUGAAGUUCUCGUGCUCUUGGCUGCCAUGUUCAUGGUCUACGACUGCUUGACCGACAACGCACAACAGACGGGUCAGGGUCUGCAUCAUCUGGUCAUGGCUAUGAACAUCCUCUACGAACGAGCCGACUCUCCGACUCCCAGCAAGUCUGAUAUUCUGGAUCGAUAUGCCCAAGUUAUGCUUACGCGAAUGGAAUGUCUCUGCGCGCUCUUCCUGGAACCCACCACACCCGUAGACGACUCCAAUGUGACGACCGAACCACCCGAGCCAAUCCUGCCACCAGUACUAUCGAGUUUGCAGCAAGCUCAAGCGCUGUUCUUCGGCAUCUGCCGCUAUCGACAUGGCUACUCGUCCCGCAUGGGAGCUUGGACAUCAGCAAAUGCCCACUUCUGGCACGUGAGGAAAUUGUUGCUACGCUGGAGCGAUCUGAUCGUGGCGUACAGAAUGCGCAUGAGCCGCGAAGACAAGGUCGAAUACCAACGUGCGGCUGCCAUGGCUUUCCAGUUCAGCACGAUAUUUGCGGCGUUCAUAUAUUCUGUCCGAACAGACUUCCACGUAAUGGGACGGCAAUUGCGACCGAAGGAGGUAUUGCUGAAGGCCGCGGACAGAGUAACUAUGCUUAUCGAAUUCCCGGAUAGGUACAUGCAACUAGUGAAGGGCGCAUGUCCAGGUGGUUGGGAUCCAGGCCGCGAUGCAGAUCCGUUCAAUGUCGGGCUGUGGCCAGCUGCCGAAGUGUUAAGCACGACAGAAGAAGGCGCGAUAGUCGAAUUUGGCUUUCACUGA